AUGGCUGUGGAAGGUGGACUGAAUGAUGAAGAAAUACGUCUCAUAGUAAAUCAGGAAUCAAGUGACGAGGAAGACCUAGUUUUUCGUGGUUCAGUUACAGAAGAUUCUGAUGAUGAACCUGAUGGUGUUUUAGAAGAUUUUCGUCAUAUGAAUGUGAUUGGUCAAACAAAUAAUGAAGAGGAUGCAUUUAGUAGCGAUGAUGAUAUGACUUUGCGAGAGCUAUCUCAGGAUUUAAGAAGACAAGGAAAACUAAAGGUAUUGAAUGUUCCAAGAGUUCUUUACGGGAAAGGAAAAAAUAAUAGACACAAGUGGAGUGGAGAAAAGCCAGUGAGGCGUAGAACUCAGCAGCGCAACAUUAUUAUGCAUUUAUCUGGAAACAAAAGUGAAGCGAAAAGUAUUACAAAGCCAAUAGAAGGUUGGGCUCUCUUUCUAAAUAACGAAAUACUAAAUAAAAUUGUAUAUCAUACAAAUAAAGAAAUUGAAAAACAACGUAAGAAAUAUAAAGGCUUUCAGGAGGAAGAAGAUGGUGAAGAGAAUAUCGCCUCGUCCAGUUUACCAUCAUUUGUAAAACCAGUAUCAUUGGUAGAGUUAAAGGCUUUAAUUGGGCUUUAUUAUCUCGCAGGAGUGUUUAAAAUGAACGACAUAAAUACCAAAGAGUUGUUUGACAAGUUUACUGGCGUGAUGCUUUUCAGAGCCACAAUGUCCCGUUGUCGAUUCGAGUUCUUGACAAAUUGCCUUAGAUUUGAUGACAGAGACACACGCGAAGAACGUCGAGCUACCGAUCGCUUAGCUCCGAUUCGUGAAGUGUUUGAUCAUAUUGUAAAAAAGUGUGACAAAUACUACACACCAACUGAUUGUUGUACUAUUGACGAACAAUUAUUGGCUUUUAGAGGGCGCUGUGUCUUUAAAAUGUACAAAGCCAGUUCAAAGCCCGAUAAGUUCGGGAUAAAAAUUUUGAUGAACUGCGAUUCUAAGACAGCUUACAUGUUGAAUGCCAUUGUUUACGUAGGUCAAACACCCUCCCCUCAAAAUAUGUCAGUGCCUGAGUACUACGUUAUGGAACUCUCCAAGCCAUUGUAUGGAUCCCGUCGCAACAUAACCAUGGACAACUGGUUCACCAGCAUACCAUUAGCCAAAAAUCUGAUUGGAAAGGAAUUGACCAUGGUCGGAACGACGCGAAAAAACAAAGGAGAAAUACCAGAGUCCUUUUUGGAGUUAACAAACAGAGAAAAAAAUACCGCUAUGUUUGCGUAUGAUGGACCUCUAACUCUGUUGUCCUAUUGCCCACCGAAAUCAACAAAGAAAAAAGUCAUCAUCAUGUUGUCAACUCUCCACGAUUCCCCAGAUAACAACAAUGAAGUUGAGCUUCCAGAAAUUAUUCAUUUUUAUAAUAAAACAAAGGGAGGAGUGGAUGUGUUCGAUGCAAUGGCUAAAAAAUACUCAGUCCAAAGAAGAACCAAACGUUGGCCAAUGUGCAUUUUCUAUGGGUUAUUGAAUGGAGUUGGUAUUAACUCUUGGGUUCUCUACAAAUGCUCAAAAGCAAAUAAUAAGCCUGACAUAAAGCUUCGUCGGACUUUUCUAAAAGAAUUGGGAAUUAAUCUUAUAGAUGAGCAUUUGAAAAUGCGCCUACAAACACCAACUUUGAAGAGGGAUAUAAAGGAGAGUAUCGCGGCGAUUGUCAAGCAACCCAUGCCUGUCGAUUCUUCUGGGUCUGAACGUCACACACAGGGGCGUUGUGGUUUCUGUCCGAGAAAUAGUGAUCGGAAGAGCAAGACGAGGUGCACCAAGUGCAAAAUUCCAAUUUGCUUGGAACACCAAGUUAAAGUAUGA